AUGGACGAGAUUAUAACUGUAGUAAAAUCAUCCGCCAGCGGUUACAAUAUAGGCGAUCUUGAGUUGAAAGUGAUCUGCUACGCAGAUGACGCUGUAUUGAUCUCAGACAACGAAGAUGAUCUACAAAGGUUACUAUAUGCAUUUGAAAAGGCUUGCACAAGUUUCAACAUGCUAAUAUCAACAAGCAAGACAAAAUCAAUGACUAUAUCAAAGCAUCCACUCAGAGUUAAACUAGCUAUAUACAACCAACCCAUAGAACAAGUGAUGGAGUUUAAGUAUCUCGGUAACUUAAUAACAUCUUCGAGAGACCUGAGCAAAGAAGUUAAAACACAGUUCAUAAAAGCUGCCUCAAUAUUUGGAUAUUUGAGGGAUGUUAUCUGGAAAAACUCUUACAUGAGAAUCAGCAGCAAAGUCAGGAUUUACAAAACAUGUGUAAGACCAGUUUUAACAUACGGUGUCGAAACAAGAGCUGAUACCAAAGAAACGCAGAGUAAAAUGCAAACCAUUGAAAUGCAAACUUUAAGAACAAUAGCAGGGUUUACUAAGCUUGAUAUUAUGCCAAACGAAGAAAUAAGGAAAAUAUGCGACAUCCAAGAUAUUAACAAGUGGAGCAGAAGAAGACGUAAAGAAUGGAAACAACAUGUUCAGAGAAUACCCGAAGAAAGAAUUGCCAAAGCAGUCAUGAUCGGGAGGCCAAAUAGCCGCAGACCACCUGGUAGGCCUCAAAAAAGAUGGCGAGAAUGCUGGACAUCCGGAUCCUCCGAUCUUCAUUGA